GUAAUAGUUUCAUUGGAGUUUUAAUGAUACCAUUAGAGUCUCAAUAGUACCGUAAGAGUCUCAAUGGUACAACCAGCCACAGGUACCACAAUUGUACGUACCAUUGGGUAUGUACUUAGACUUAUCCUACAUUUUUAACACACAAAAGCCCUAAAAUAUAGUCCAAAUUUCAGGCCCAAAUGUAUUCUCCGUUAAUACAAAACCGUUAUUAAUUCCCGCCCUCGAAACAAACCCUAUAUAAACCCUUCAACUUUCCCGAAUUAUCUCUCCUUCUAUUGUGUAGUUAAUUACUGCUUCACUCUAUCAUUUCUUUCUCUUUCUCAUCAAAUUCCAGAAAUAUUCUCCCAAACAUUUUCGAUUCAACCUCGAAUUAGAUGAAGCUGAAGAUCAACAAAGCUUGUGAUCUUAACUCCAUCUCUGUUCUUCCUCCUCAUACCAGGAGAUCGAGUAUGAUGCAGCAACCGAGGUCGCAGCCGUCGCAACAAUCGUUCUCGCAAGGUUUUUCGUCGCAGCAGAACGGAAUUUUCUCUCAAAUCUCUCAGAACUCUGUUGACGAGGUCCUGACAGAUAAUCAGAGAUUCAGCUCACAAGAGAAGGAUCAUUCUGUAAGAAGACUUUCUUGUCUCGCCCCUACAUCAUACCCUCGGGAAGAAUGCCAGAUGCCACUACCCAGAAAUUCCUCUACUUUGACACGUAGAUGGAACUCUACUACUGUACCAGAACAUAAAUGUCAGCUAAGUGAUGAACUUGAACACAAAAUCUCUGUGAUGGAUACAUCUCUGAACAGAUUAGGGAUGAUCUUAGAUUCUGUCCAGGCUGAUAUUAUGCAAGUAAACAAGGGAACAAAAGAGCUAUCCCUUGAAGUGGAAGGCAUACGCCAAAAAUCAGUCGCUCAUCAUGAUUCCCUCCAUCUGCUGAAUCGAACACAAGAAGAGACCAAAACUAGCCUGGAAUCAAUCAGCAAUCAACUGCUUACUAUUAUGCAGAAGGACAAGAACCAAGAGAUUAUGUCGGCAGUUUCAAAUCUGCGGGAGCAAAUUGACUUUAAUUAUCAGAAACAGAAUGAUGAACUGUCCAAAUGCUUAUCUAGAGACCUGCAGGCAUUUAAACUUUCCCUUCCAUAUAUUUGUGAAAUCAUGUACAGCCUUAAGACCUUACAUCAAAAGAAUGCGCCCUUUGCCGUUCUUCCACCAAAGAUGUCUGGUUUUAGUUCUUCAACACACAAGUCUUUUAUAACAAGUUUUAGGGAAGCUGAGCCCCUUAAAGUAUGUAAACCGUCACCUCUUGCUCCAAAGAUAGAAAUGGGAAGGUGGACCGCUGUUAAAGCAGAGCAAACUGCUCACUCCAAUCGAUAUGGGAAUUCUUGCAAUAAUCCGAAACAAAGAAUAGCUUCCAUGGAUAGGGAACAGAAGUUGAUUAUUGACUUAGAUGAUGAGACUGAUGGUGAUCUUUCUUGCUUGAUAGUUGCAAAGAAACCAGAUAAUCAGAUUAUGGUGGACUUGGAGGAAGACACUGCACGAAUCCUUAGAGAAGCCAGAAGAAGAAAGAGAAAGCGGGAUUGUAAAAGAUUAUUUGCAGCUCACAGAAAGUGAAGGUCUAGCCAGUUCAUUGUUGGUGUAAACAAGUACCUUGAUGCCAUAAACCAUAAAUUCUCCAUUGGCAUGCGCUUUAAUAUGAAGUUUGAGGGAGAAGACACACCUGAAAGAAGGUAUACUUUUCUCUGUGGCCAGUUUUUUCCAUUGUUGGGCCUUGUUAGUGUUGCUUUAGGUUCUUCAAAUUAAAUUUCAUGAGAUCACUUUGUUCUGGUUCACUGGCACCAUUAUUGUUGGGGUUGAAGAUGUUUCUCCUCAGUGGACUGGCUUAAUAUGGCGAUCACUUUAUCUUUUGUUUCAUUUCUUCUGGAACAAUCACAAACACUUUUUUGAUUAUGGAUAUACUAGCAGAAAUUCAAUGUGUAAUCUCAGCAUUCAAUGUGUAUUCCUGAAUAAUCUCAUUUUUCAAUUAUUCAACUAUUUCAUUUUACCAAGUUCAAUGUUAGCCAGAUUAGUCAACAUUUAUAUGUUUCGAUAUAACAAAUGUUAUUUGUAACAAGUAGUUCUGUUGGUUGGUUAAUUGGUCAGGUUGCAUAUCAAGUGAUAGACAUGGGCACAUGACUAUGGAUUGGCCAACAAAACUUCCUUUUUCAUGCU